AAUAAACAUUGUUUUUUCGUCAGCCGACGAAGGUGGUACGAUUGACACUUGUGCCUAUUGAUUUUGCUUUCUGCAGAAUUAAUUUUUAGAGAGUUUCCUCUACACCCGUGUGUGUCCUCCAAUUGCUAGUGCUAGAGUGUUUCCUUUACUUCCAAAUUCCAUCGACCCUGUGCAACCAGCCGUGUUGCAGUGUGUUACCACCGCGCUAGUGGCGUACGUUCCGAGCAGAAGGCGUGUAACACGGCAUGAAUCAGUAGUGUGAAUGAUGAAACGAUGAGCCUGUAAAUAGUGGUGUGACUCCCGGUAGUGUUAAUCUUCCUGCUGCCGUACCUAUUACUAGCUCCGUUUCUAGUCUCGAAUGGUGGUAUAGCAUAGUGCGUGUGUGUCUAUGUGUGUGUGUAGCGCAUAGUAGCCGUACCGUAGCCGUGCAUAGCAGUAGCGCACCCGCUGCCGGGUGUGUAUUGAAAAGAAAGGCGUAUACCACAGUGUGCACAGAGUGACGAAAAAGUUGGUGUCCCGCAGCACACAUCGACCGUUUUUGUCUCUUUCCGCGGGUGCGCUUUCAACCCCGGACGCCGCAGUUACCAUACCAGCAGCAGCACCAGCAUGGAGAUUGUGCGUGCCGUAUCGGACACGUUCUGGUCGACGCGAGUGUGGCUGCCGCCGAACAUCACCUGGGAAGACAUACGGCCGGGUGUGCGAGAGGACGUGAACCAUGCCGACUACCGGCACCUGAUCUACCCGAUACCGCUGGCCGCGGUCAUUAUCGUGCUGCGCUGGAUUAUUGAACGAUAUUGGAUUGCACCGGUCGGUAAGGCGCUCGGUAUCAAGAGCACAGGACCAAAGCCACCGAAACCAAACAAAGUACUGGAGGCGGCAUACAAUGUCAACGCCCGGCUAAGCCACAAAACGACCAUGCGAUUGAUGAAGCAGGUGGAUUUGAGCGAGCGACAGAUCGAGUACUGGUGGAGACGCCGCCGGGCACAGGACAAACCGACGACGCUGGUCAAGUUUUGCGAAACGUCGUGGCGAUGCAUCUACUACACGUACAGCUUCAUCUUCGGCAGCAUCGUGAUGUGGGACAAGCCGUGGCUGUGGGACAUCAAGCAGUGCUGGUACGGCUACCCGCACCAAUCGGUCACGAACGACAUCUGGUGGUACUACAUGAUCUCGAUGGCGUUCUACUGGUCGCUGACCGCGUCCCAGUUCUACGACGUCAAGCGGAAAGAUUUCUGGCAGAUGUUCGCCCACCACAUGAUCACGAUCCUGCUCAUGGCGCUCAGCUGGGUGUGCAAUCUGCACAGGGUCGGCUCGCUCGUGCUGCUGGUGCACGAUUGUGCCGACAUCUUCCUGGAGUCCGCUAAGCUGACGAAGUACGCACAGUAUCAGAAGGUGUGCGACACCAUCUUUGCCAUCUUCACCGUCGUGUGGAUCGUGACGCGGUUGAUGCUGUACCCGCGCAUCAUCUACAGCUCGUCGGUGGAGGCGCCCCAGAUACUGCCCAUGUUCCCGGCGUACUACAUCUUCAACACGCUGCUAAUACUGCUGCUCGUGCUGCACAUAUGCUGGACGUAUUUGAUCGUGCAGAUUGCAGUCAAGGCGAUCAAAUCGGGACAGAUGGAGGGCGAUGUGCGGUCCAGCUCGAGCGAGGAAAUCUCCGACAGCUCGGAAAACUCGCGCCCGGUGCUAACGAACGGUGGUACGCCGAAGAAGCAGCCGAGCAAGAACGGAACGACGGCGACGGUGGCGGCAAACAGCGUCAGUGCUUCCCCGAAGAAGAAACAAUAAAACAACAAACCCGUGUGUAGAUGACGCAACGACGACCGACCUUUGGUCUGGUCUGACCUAUAGAAGCGCAUGCAUCACGGCAGGUACCAGCAGGCGAUAAGGGGGGCACGCGUAUAUCAUCACGUAGCUGCGAAUGCGUCCCACGCGUAACGCAUUACCUAAACACACACAAACACACGAAAAAAGAACAAAACGCAUUACACACUGUUACUAUUGGGUGUUGUAUCUGCUGAGAGUAAAAGAAAAACAAAGCGCAUCAUGUUACACUACCGCUGCAUUAUAUAAUAAGAGCCAAUCGUGGCCGUGUCUGUUGCACGUGCUGCGAAGAACUAGAACCCAGGAGAACUAGCUGCAUACGAUGCAGCAAAGGUGCAACGCUAUAUCUAAAUCCCCAGUUUCUCUUACCCGUUUAGUUAAAUAGUGCAGGAAACGGACGAUUUAUGAUAGAUUUAACCAGAAAAGUGUAGGGAAGGCUUCGUGAAGGAUCCGAUCGAUGAACGGAUGUAUCAGCUCUGCACCAGGGGUAUACAUUGUUUUCUUUAUUUCCUUUUUCUUCCUUCCUCUAGGGUACAUUUAAACGAGAUAGGAUUAUGGAGAAGCAGCUCCUUCCCCUAUUUUGCUGUAAGAAGGAAUCGUGCUGCAGGAUUAUUUGUGAACAAAGAAAAGCAUUAGAAAAAGAAAGCAAAACGGUGGAAGUGUAGCGGCAGAAGCUAGAGAUAAGUAUUUAUUAGCUAAGUAAAUCGUUAGUAGAAGCGGCGAGAGGCAGCUCGCACUGCAAAAUGGGUGGAAAACCAGUGGUUGAAUUUGCAACAAAAGCAACAAAUAUCGUGUGUGUUGAUCGUGUUUGAUCGUGUUUAGCUGUGGGGAAGCGAAUGAUAGGGAGUAAAAAGUACACAAAGUAGUACAUACAUAAAAACACAGCAAAUCAUCCAACACAACCAAAUGUUGUUAAGGCUGGCGCGCAAGCGUUUGUGUUGCAACAAACGAGCCCUAACAAAAAGAAGAAAAAAAAACGGGACAAAAACAGUAAUAAAUAUAGUUUGAAAGUGACAAUGAAAAGCAAAAAAACGAAGGGUUGUGGAGUAAAAAAAUGGUUCCAAAACGGUCAUUGCAGAUUGCAGAUCGCGUUGCUUACGGCAUUUUUGCUCUGUCCUAAAUUGUGGCCACCAUUGGGGCGGGUUGCGUGGAAACACUUGGCCUGGCCUGGACAUGGCGAACACACACACACAUUCCGCAUUAGCAGCUGCCCUAUUUAGCCUUCUCUCUCGUGUGUUGCAUUUUGGUUUGCUGGGUAAGGGUUUUUUUUGUUAUAAAAGAUAAAACGUGGCAUUAAUGACGAAGCGCAGUCGACAUGUUGAAAGAUUUAGCUAGACAUUGCGUGGAUCGUGUAAGCGAGCGUGUACCAAAUACUCGACGAUUUAAAUGGUGCUCUGGUAUGAUGAUGAUGUGCUUGCUUUUGUGGCAUCUUUGUUUUGUACUAAAAGAUAUAGUCCGUCAGCUGUGCGUCCCGUUUCUAUCCUCAAUAACCAGCAAAUAUGCUGGGGCUUCUGCUCUUGAACGCGUUGAUGAUCAGUCAUCAGUUAAUGGUAUGUUGUCUCGUUGAGGGUGCUGGGCGCCCUAUAGUGCGCCGAUCCUGCGCUGUUUUCAUUCACUCUACCAAAGUUUAUGUUUACUGUACUCUGGAAUAUGAUGAUCGUUAGAAUGGAAAUGCUAACUUAAGCGCGGGCGGAUAGAAAUCGAGAAAAGGGCAUCGUUGUAUCGUGUUUGAUCGAUCGUUCGCAUAGUGUGUGAGUGUGUGUGUGUGUAUGUGAAAAGAUAGUGCCCCCUCAAAAAAAAAACAAUAUAAAUAUCCUUGAUAAGACUGCAUAGCAGAAUAGAGGAAGAACUCCUGUGCAAAGAGGAAAAGGCACCGCGACGCGAUGUUGGUUGCAGUGGUAGGUGAUAGGUGUGCAUGAGGCAAAUGGGAAUGAAACAGACGAACAACGCGGAAAAAGAGCUAGCUAUAUGUAGGUAAAAAUAGUAAAAAGUGUUUUACAAAUUACAAGAUUCACGAUGAAGUCGAUGAAAGUCUUCGUCAUUUUUGAAAUCUUCGCUUGAGUGUCCUUACUGAAAAACAAACCCCUAUAACGAACAACGUUUUAUCCUGUUAUUUUUUCUUCCUCUUUAUCAUAUACCAGCAAACUGCAUUCGUACUCCAAAUGGGGGAAAUGUUCAGUCCCCCACACUCCAUUACCAUCACCUUUUCGAUCGGGGUUUUCUUCGCUAACUACUGCUGCUGCUCGAGAGCAUGUAAUCGAAGCAACCCGCGCUCUCCAUACCAGCUAGUUUUAGAUAAAUGUUCAUCAUUAACGCAUUAUUAACAACAAAAACAAACGUGUAUAUGCUUAA